CCGCGGAGCCUCCAAACGGAGAGAGCGGCGGUAGCGGCAGCGCGGAGCGGAGAGAGAGCGCAGACGAGGAGGCGGAGAAGAUGAUGGUGCGUGUGGGAGACGAGUGAUGCCCCUGCUGCGGCAACUCCUCCCGGGGUCCCCCUCGCGGCGGCACGGCUCGCGUGGGGAGCUGCGUGCGGACAUGAUCAGCGCGCCCCUGCAGGACUUCAGGCACACGAUGCACGUGGGGCGAGGCGGAGCCGCCUUUGGAGACACCGCGUUCCUGAGCGGUGGCACCACCGCCACCGCCUCCUCCUCAUCCUCCUCGCCACCGACACCACCGCCGGCCUCGCGCCGCCCAUCCCCGCACAACCUGCUGCUGCUGCUGCCCUGGGGCAGGGUGCGGAGGAGCAACUCCGGGCAGCAACAGCAGCAGCAGCGGCGGGAAGGUGCCGGGGAGGCGGACGGGCAGCUGGGUGAGAUUCCACCGGCCGGGCAGUCGCCCAUCAUCAAGAACGCGCUCUCGCUGCCCGCGCUCACGGGGCCCAGGUUCACUCUGGCCAACUCGGGGUCUCGUAGCGCCACGGCGACCCCGGUGCGCGUGACCCCGACGGUUUCCGGGACCCCUGCUGGGCAGGCGAGGGGACCCCCCAGAGAAGAGGAGGAGGAUGGAGAUGAGGAGGAGGAGGGACCCGGCGGCCUGGGAUCUUCCUCCCGCCGGCGCGCCGCCUUUCCGCACACGGACUCCGUGCUCUCGUUCCACGUGGACCUGGGACCCUCCAUGCUGGGCGAUGUUCUCGGCGUGAUGGAUGUGGUGGAUGAGGCCCAGGGCGGAGCGGGCCCCGCCGGCGUGGUUGGCCCAGCGCGGAGCUCCGAGCUGGAGCCGCCGCCGCCACCGCAGGGUGCGGAAGGUCGGGCGGAUGGCGAUGGUGAUGUUGAUGAUGGGGAUGUUGAUGAUGGUGAUGCGGAUGAUGGGGAUGUUGAUGAUGGUGAUGCUGAUGAUGGGGAUGUUGAUGGGGUGUUAGACGGGGCAGAGACUCGCGGGGCAGGGGAAAGGGCAGGGCCCAGGGGAGGGCGGUCGAGGCUCGGGGGCAGUCACGGAGGAGGGCAUGAAAGGACAGACGCAGAACGAAGGUCAGACGCUGCUCCAGGGGGAUCCGUGAAUGUGGGGGCAGUGGUAGGGGCAGGGCAGGAGACAUUGCAAGGGGCAGCGGAGGAGGCUCAUAAAGAGAACGGACAGCGGGCAGCAGAAAGGGCGGGGGAUGGGUCGAGCGAGGGGGCAGUGGUAGGGGCAGGCCAGGAUGUGAGAGAUGGGGCAAGGCAAGAGAAGACAUUGGAAGGGGCAGAGCAAGGGACGAGGGAUGGGGCGAGGCUAGGGGCGGUGGGAAGUGAAGGGCAGGAGACCUCGCAAGGGGCAGUGCAAGAGAGUGGGCAGGGGCCAGGGCAGGGAUAGGACCCGGCUGCGGACGUCGCGAACGUGUAAACACCGCUGUCGCGACCCGUGUCGCGACCCGGAGAGGAAGAGGAGGUGA